AUGGCUCCUCCAAAGUCUGGCUCGAAGCCUCAAACCGAACAGGCGGAACAUAUUUUGCAGGCUAUCGUCCUUAGUGAUUCUUACAACAACCGAUUUCGACCAUUGACCCUCGAGAAGCCUCGGUGUCUUCUUCCUCUAGCGAACACGCCUCUGAUCGAGUACACAUUCGAGUUUCUUGCUUUGGCUGGUGUCCAUGAGGUCUACGUUUUCCUCAGCUCCCAUGCGCAACAGGUCAAGGAUUAUAUCAAGAACUCGAAAUGGGCGUUAUCGUCUUCUCCUUUCACUGUUCAUACCAUUGUGAGCCCGGAGUCUAUGUCCGUUGGUGACGCUCUUCGAGAACUCGAUGCGAAGCAGUUGAUCACGUCGGACUUCGUGUUGGUCAGUGGUGAUGUCGUCACUAACAUCCCCUUGGACGAUAUUCUGAAAGAACACCGUGCGCGGAGGGAGGCGGAUAAGGAUGCUAUCAUGACGAUGGUUGUUAGAGAAGCUAGCCCGACGCACCGAACGAGGGCAAGAGCGGAGAGUUCGGUUUUCGUGUUGGAUUCGAAUACGCAUGAGUGUGUACACUGGGAACCCGUUCAGCAGUUUCCCCGGAAAACUAAUGUUGCGAUGAACGUGGAGAUCUUUGCGGAUCACCCCGAGGUUGAGCUGCGCAAUGACUUGAUCGACUGUCAGAUUGACAUCUGCUCUCCCGAUGUUCCUCUUCUCUUCACCGAAAACUUCGAUUACCAGGAGAUGCGUCAAGACUUCGUACACGGAAUUCUGACCUCCGACCUCCUCGGAAAGAAGAUCCACUGCCACGUUGCGGAGAAGGAUUAUUCUGCCCGUGUUCGCAACCUCCAGACGUACGAUGCAAUUAGCAAGGAUACGCUGUCAAGAUGGACAUAUCCCAUGGUUCCCGACAGCAACCUCAUGAGCGACCAGACCUACCAGUACAGCCGUGGCCAUAUCUACAAGGAAGCUGACGUCGUGCUGGCACGAUCGUGUAAGAUCAAGGAAAGGGUGGUGAUUGGCGCUGAUACGCGAAUUGGACAUGGAGCGGUGAUUGAGAGUAGUACAAUUGGACGGAGGUGUACGAUUGGAGACAAUGUGAAGAUCGACGGAGCCUACAUUUGGGACGAUGUGACGAUUGGAAAGGGAACAGUGGUGGAAAAGGCGAUUAUCGCGAAUGGAGCUAUUUUGGGUGAGAACUGUAAGGUGGAGGCAGGCGCUAUUAUUUCCUAUGGUGUUCGUGUUGCGGAUGGCGUUACUGUCGCCGGUGCAACUCGACUGACCAGGUACAUCGAUGAGGAGGACGAGGACGAGGAGAUCAGUAGCGACCCUCGGGUAGUAGGUACUGAUGGAGAGGGCUAUGCAUACGAGGAGGCAGAGUCGGACAUCGAAGACGAGGAUGAGGCUGGAAAUGUUGAAGCAUCGAGGCUGGUAUACAACAUGCAGCAUCUCAACCUGUCGGAUACGUCUGUGUCGUCAAUUGCUUCGUCGGAAGAUGAUUACACGCCAGGACCGGGACAGCGACGUCUCUCUACGGCAACAACCAUGUCUGCAACAUCGGAUGCCUCUGAGGAGCACGCGGAUUACUACAAGGAGGCGCAGGCUUCCCUGGAUCGUGCAUUCGAGGACGAUCAUCCCGUCGAUAUUGCCGCCCUCGAGAUCAAUACUCUUAGGAUGGCCGCCAAUGUUUCCUACCACGAAGUACGAGCGUCUAUCAUCAAUGCAUUUUUAGGUCUCAUCUUGAAAAAGGUGCAGGCUGGCGUUGUGGUACAAAAGGCUGUUCAGGACGUAAUUGGUCGAUGGGCGUCUCUUCUCGGCCGUAUGACAUCUGGCCAGGCAGAUCAGGUGGAUGUAAUUUUGAGCUUGCAAAGCAUGUGUGCCAAGAAGCCUGAUUUCGCUAGGUUCUGGACAUUUGCUUUGAGAUAUCUCUACGACGAGGACGUUUUGGAUGAGGAUGGUAUCCUUGCUUGGUUUGCCAACCCGCAGAGCAAGGGAUCCGAGGCAAUUCCUGAGAUGGGCAAGCUGAGAGAAGCAGCGGUGAGAUUCGUGCAAUACUUGGUGGAGGCCAGUGAGGAAGAAGACAGCAGUGAUGAUGAGUAG